AUGGCAGCUAUCAGGUUUCAAAUCUAUAUCUUGGCUUUCUGUGCAGCCCUGGUUAUUCAAAGCAGCUGCUGCAAUGGCCAUUCUGGGCUUCAGAAAAAACGUGCAGCCCUGUUCGUCUUUGGUGAUUCACUAUAUGAUGCCGGAAAUAAUAACUACAUAAACACUACCACUGAUUUCCAGGCAAGUUGGUUUCCAUAUGGCGAAACAUUCUUCAGGUACCCAACUGGUAGAUUUUCUGAUGGGCGUACAAUCCCAGAUUUCAUUGCUGAGUAUGCUAAGUUGCCAUUUAUACCAGUAUAUUUACAACCAGGGCUCAACGACUAUACUUAUGGGGUGAACUUUGCUUCUGGUGGAGCUGGUGCUCUAGUUGAAACCUAUCAAGGAUCUAAGGUGGAGAAGCAGUUGAGACAGAAACUAGGUGAUGCAGAAGCCUACACAUUGGUAUCCGAAGCUGUCUACAUAAUCAACAUUGGAAACAAUGAUUAUGUUUCCCCAUUAGCAACCAAUACCAGCCAUGAAGAAUAUGUUGGCUGGGUUAUUGGCAACGUGACAAGUUGGAUCGAAGAUAUAUACCAGAAAGGAGGAAGGAAAUUUGCACUUUCAAGCUUGGCACCUUUCGCUUCUAUGCCACUCAUGAGAACAACUCAACCAGCAGGAUCCACCACAGGCCCUUCGAGGAAAGAAGUUGCAGCACUUGUGAAACUACACAAUAGAGUACUUGCCAAAGUCCUCCUAAAGUUGAAAAAAGAGCUCCAAGGAUUCAAAUACUCAAAGCUUAAUCUCUACACUUACCUAAAGGAAAGAAUUAAUCAUCCAUUAAAAUAUGGUUUCAAGGAAGGAAAGAUGGCGUGCUGUGGCUCUGGUGCAUACAGAGGAAUUUAUUCCUGUGGAGGGAAGAGAAGUGUGACUGAGUAUCUGUUAUGUGACAAUGCUACUGAGUUCGUCUUCUUUGACUGUGCCCAUCCAACUGAAAGGGUCAACAAGCAAUUGUCCAAGUUAUGGUGGAGCAAUAACUUGAAGGAGCUAUUUGAAGUUUAG